GAUUAGUCCUUGUCGAUCCUUAGGCGAGAAAACAAUUUUGUGAAAUUCUCGAGUUCGAAUAUCAAGAAAAAACUGUUCUUCCGUUCGUAUCAUAUUUAGAAUAUAGAUUAUAGCAUAAAACCAGUUGUAAAAAUGAGCAAUAUGGAUAGUAGAAUCGAAUUUCAUUUAACUGGAAACAUCAAGUGAAAUUUCAUCGCAGGACAUUUGCAAGUGAUAGUGGCUGCCUCUACCUCAACCAUAAUCAGUUCUCUUCAUAUCCUCGGUAGCUCGUUCUAAAGGAAUUAAGUCGGAUUUCUAAUCGCGGUCAGCAUGCAUGCCAUACACAGUUAUAACAACAGAAUUUCUCUCAAGAUGGCACAUCGUCCCGUCAGUGCAAUGUCUCGUCACGAAUCGGAAAUGAUCAACCGCAGCCGUCGGGCUCUGUCCUCUGGGUCGCUCACGGACUCGAUCGAGAAGCUACGGCACAUGUGUCUGGCCCGCGGUGCAUCGGGAAUCCUGGGCCUGGGACGCUGCUUCCGCCGAAUGGAUGACGACGGUAGCAAAGCUCUCUCGGUGGAGGAAUUCAUCAAGGGUCUGCAUGAUACCGGUCUGGAUGUUACGAAUGAGGAAGCCACCGAUAUUUUCAAGAAAUUUGACACCGAUGGAAGUGGCUCAGUCAAUAUGACGGAAUUUCUUGUAGCAAUCAGACCUUUCAUGUCCGACUCUAGGAAGAGCAUCGUGGAACAGGCUUUUGCAAAGCUAGAUAAAACUGGAGAUGGAGCUAUAACCGUCGAAGAUUUGAAGAACGUAUAUUCGGUCAAAAAUCAUCCGCUGUACAUCAGCGGUGAAGAAACGGAGGACGUUAUUUUGCGAAAGUUCUUGGCAAAUUUCGAAGAGAAUGGUAAUGUCGAUGGAACCGUUACGAAGGAAGAAUUCCUUAACUACUACUCCGGGCUGAGUGCAUCGAUCGACUCGGACGCUUAUUUCGAUCUGAUGGUUCGUCAAGCCUAUAAGUUGUAAAUCAUGCACAGUUGAACACAGUUGUCUUAUAUCGUAUAGUAUACAUAAGUCGUUAUAAAUGCAACAAUACUAUUUAUUAUUAUUAUUAUUAUUAUUGAUACACAUUUAAAACAAGCAGCAUACUACCAAAAAAGAACAAUUUAAAGGAGUUGAUUGUACGCGAUAUACGCUGCGAUGGAACAUUCAUAGUCAUUGAACUACGUAUAAUUUCCCGUUGGGUUGGUUAUUAGUCAUUGAUCUAACGUUUUUAAAAAUCAGUUAAUCAUUCUAAACUGGAACAAACUAUUUAAUCAUGUAAAGGAACAUACUAAGGACAAUUGUGACAAUGUAAGAAAAUAAAUUUGAUAUUCAAUAAAAGUAUGAUUUUGUGA